CGCACCCCGGGCGGGGACGUCCGCCGGGCACGGGAGGGCGUCACGAUGCCGGUCAAUAAGUCCGAGAAGCCAGAAAGCUGCGACAACGUGAAGGUGGUCGUUCGGUGUCGGCCCCUCAACGAGAGGGAGAAGUCCAUGUGCUACCGGCAGGCCGUCAGCGUGGACGAGAUGCGGGGGACCAUCACCGUGCACAAGACCGACUCUUCCAACGAGCCUCCCAAGACCUUUACUUUUGAUACCGUCUUUGGGCCAGAAAGCAAACAGCUUGAUGUGUAUAACUUAACUGCAAGACCUAUUAUCGAUUCUGUCCUUGAAGGCUACAAUGGUACGAUUUUUGCAUACGGUCAAACUGGAACAGGUAAAACUUUCACCAUGGAAGGUGUUCGCGCUGUUCCUGAGCUUAGAGGAAUCAUUCCCAAUUCAUUUGCACACAUAUUCGGUCAUAUUGCAAAGGCAGAGGGUGACACAAGAUUUUUGGUUAGAGUUUCAUAUUUAGAAAUAUAUAAUGAAGAAGUUCGUGACCUUUUGGGCAAAGAUCAGACACAGAGGUUAGAGGUUAAAGAAAGACCUGAUGUGGGAGUUUACAUCAAGGAUUUGUCAGCUUAUGUUGUGAACAAUGCUGAUGAUAUGGAUAGGAUUAUGACUCUAGGCCACAAAAAUCGUUCUGUUGGAGCAACUAAUAUGAAUGAACAUAGUUCCCGUUCCCAUGCCAUCUUUACGAUUACUAUAGAAUGCAGUGAGAAAGGUGUUGAUGGUAACAUGCAUGUCAGGAUGGGGAAGCUCCAUCUGGUAGAUCUUGCUGGUUCAGAAAGACAAGCAAAAACUGGAGCUACUGGGCAGCGCCUCAAGGAAGCUACAAAAAUCAAUCUUUCUCUUUCUACUCUUGGAAAUGUAAUUUCUGCUUUGGUCGAUGGAAAAAGCACACAUGUGCCUUAUCGCAAUUCUAAAUUGACUCGGCUUCUUCAAGACUCUUUAGGAGGAAAUUCAAAAACCAUGAUGUGUGCAAAUAUUGGGCCAGCAGAUUAUAAUUAUGAUGAAACUAUUAGUACCUUACGUUAUGCCAACCGUGCUAAAAAUAUCAAAAAUAAAGCUAGAAUUAAUGAAGAUCCAAAGGAUGCUUUGCUUCGUCAGUUUCAGAAAGAAAUAGAAGAAUUAAAGAAAAAGCUUGAAGAAGGGGAAGAAAUAUCGGGCUCGGAUGUCAGUGGGUCAGGAGAGGAUGAUGAUGAAGAAGGUGAGAUUGGAGAAGAUGGAGAGAAAAGGAAAAAAAGAAGGGGCAGUAGCAGCAGCAGUAGUUCAGACUCCACAUGUUCUGUCAUAGAGAAACCUCUGGAUAAGUUCUUGCCCAAUCAAGCAGGUAAAAAGAAAGUUUCCCCAGAUAAGAUGGUUGAAAUGCAAGCAAAAAUCGAUGAGGAGAGAAAAGCACUUGAAACAAAGCUUGAUAUGGAAGAAGAAGAAAGAAACAAAGCUAGAGCUGAAUUAGAGAAACGGGAGAAAGAUCUUCUUAAAGCCCAACAAGAGCAUCAAUCUUUGCUGGAAAAAUUGUCUGCACUGGAAAAAAAGGUCAUUGUUGGUGGUGUUGAUUUGUUGGCUAAAGCUGAGGAGCAAGAAAAACUUCUUGAAGAAUCUAACAUGGAAUUGGAAGAAAGAAGGAAAAGAGCAGAGCAGCUUCGCAAAGAACUUGAGGAAAAAGAACAAGAACGCUUGGAUAUUGAAGAAAAAUAUACCAGUUUGCAAGAAGAAGCACAGGGAAAGACCAAGAAGUUAAAGAAAGUGUGGACAAUGCUAAUGGCUGCAAAGUCAGAGAUGGCGGAUCUCCAGCAAGAACAUCAGAGGGAAAUUGAAGGCCUAUUGGAGAAUAUUCGACAACUUAGCCGAGAGCUUCGACUUCAGAUGCUUAUUAUUGAUAAUUUUAUACCUCAGGAUUAUCAGGAAAUGAUUGAAAAUUAUGUCCAUUGGAAUGAAGACAUCGGAGAAUGGCAGCUGAAAUGUGUCGCCUACACAGGAAAUAACAUGAGGAAGCAAACUCCAGUACCUGACAAAAAGGAGAAAGAUCCCUUUGAAGUGGACCUUUCCCAUGUGUACCUUGCCUAUACUGAGGAGAGCCUGCGUCAGUCCUUGAUGAAAUUAGAAAGGCCACGGACGUCAAAGGGCAAAGCAAGGCCGAAGACGGGGAGGAGAAAGCGUUCUUCAAAGCCUGAAACUGUGAUUGAUUCUUUGCUACAGUAAAUAUUAUAGAGUUAAAAUCACAAUAAAAACUAAUGAUAUUCUCAUGGCUGGACAAAAUCUUUAAUUAAA